CGCUCAUGAUAAGUGAAAUUGCUUCGUGAACAUCAUACAUCUGUCUCUGCAGCAAAGUGCCUUUCCGUGACCUUCUUGCUUGACCGCGCAGAACUCGAAACAGGGCCAGCAUCAUGAGUAUGCCAGCGGUGAAAAACGUUGCUCUGGUGCUACUGGCUACAACGGCAUGGAGGGCAGAAGCUGCUCCCGCUCCUGAAGUGCCCCCAUCCGAGAUACACGCAGGGGUUCGUGCGAUGCAACCUGGGGACAUUCAAGAAGACAUCGUCAUGGAAGGGCUCCACGAGACUGGCCGGACGGCAACACCUCAGUCAAGGAAACUGUGGCCUGGAGGAGUCAUACCAUACACCAUCGAUUAUGCACUUCUCACACCUGAAAUACUCGGUAUAAUCAAGGGUGCCAUGGACCAUAUCGAGAAGGAGACGUGUCUACGCUUUGUUAGACGAAACGACCAUAUCGACUAUGUCCACCUUGUAUCCAAAGAAGGGUGCUACUCGUUCCUUGGCCGCAUUGGCGGUCGGCAACCGGUGUCCUUGGGCCACGGCUGCCUCUACCACGGCACAGUGACGCACGAGCUGAUGCACGCGGUGGGCUUCUUCCACGAGCACACACGUCCCGACAGGGACCGCUACAUCGAGGUCUUCCCAAAAAAUAUUAUAAAGGAGUUCCUGCCACAAUUUCAGAAGCUGGAUCCUGAGGACGCCCUAUUGCUGACACCAUUCGACUACGACUCGGUUAUGCUGUAUGGAUCGGAUUCAUUUACCCGUGAUCCCAAUCGCCCCUCCAUGCUGGCAAAGGAUGGCAGUAGGCUCAAGGAAGUCUACGACAAAAACGGGCCUAGUUCGUCGGAUUUUCGUCGCAUUUCCAAGCUGUACAAAUGUAGGUAGUGAUAUCGGAAUCUCGUGCGCCUGAUGUCAUUUCACAAAUAGUACAUUCCAUCAAAGAAGCCCAGAAUUGAUACGAACAUGCCUUUAAAAAGACGCCACAAGAAUAAAAAAACGGGAAUACGUGCAGAGAAGGAAAUGGCUAUCGGUAGAAAGACCUGCAGUACUUGUGGGCCUCACUCGGUGGUCGGCACCUGAACGAUAAGACGCGCUACCGAACAGUGCGAAUACAGUGUGAUUCGGUGUUUUAAUAGGCUACGAACACGCCUUCAAAGAAUAAAUGCUCUUGACUCGUCUG